AUCAAUCAUUUUGAGCUAAGCAGACAGUGGAUCCUCGCCGGAGAGAAAAUCAGAUUUUAGAUGGAGAGGAGGGCAGAGGACAAUGAAGAAACCGGCGAGCCUUCCGGUGAAGCCAUAAGAUCUCGGCUCAGUAACAGAGCCGACCCUUUCCUUGUUGUUUGCAGGUGUUUCAGCUUCGUCACUUCUCUCGUCGCUAUUCUCUGCGUUGUUGUUAAUGUUCUCGCUGCUAUUCGCUCCUUCCGCGACAGCCACGAUAUAUUCGAUGGAAUAUUCCGGUGUUAUGCUGUGUUGAUCGCUUGUUUUGUGGUUCUAGCCGAGACAGAGUGGGGAUUCAUUUUGAAAUUCUCCAAGGUUCUUGAGUACUGGGCUGGGAGAGGAAUGCUUCAGAUUUUUGUGGCUGUGAUGACAAGAGCUUUCCCUGACUAUAUGACUCAAAGGAAGGAUCUCCUGCUUCUUCAGAACAUUGCUAGCUACAUGCUCCUCGCUUGUGGUCUUAUCUAUUUCAUUUCAGGAAUUUUAUGCAUCGGCUUUCUGAAACGUGCUCGACAGAAGAAGGAAAUCUCAAAAGAACAAGCUGUUAAGGAUCUUGAGGAGAUAGACCGACGCAGGGAAGAACUAGAACAGUUGCUCCUGGAGCAUCGGAGUAGAGACGAUGUGUGAAUGUGAUCACAAGUACAUUGAACAGACGAGAUCAGUUUGUUUUUGUAUUAAAAGGAUUGUGUAAGCUCUCUGUUUUCAUCCUUUCCACUUUGUUUGCUGCUAUUGACACGCUAA